CGGGCGAAAAAGAAAAAAAUGUUGUCGUCUGUUCCCUAGCCGUCAUUGCGUCCUUCACUACACAUCCAAGCAGCAGGACAGGUUAGCUAGACACACAGGAUCCUAUUGGACUUAACCAACUGCUAAGAAUCCCAACCCAACAGUAGCAACCAUAGGGAAGCAACUAGUCUUAUUUACAAUAAUAUAAUAUCUAUAUCUCCAAGUCUAGCAGACCCCUAUAGGGCAGCAAUAUGUUCCUAAUCAAGACGAUGAUGCCUAACCCGCUGGCUGGUUUGAAUCCUAUGGGUGGAGGAGAGGACGAGGCGGAGGCGGCACCUGCCGACCCAGCCAAAGCAGCAGGGAUGACACGUGAAGAGUAUGAGGAGUACCAAAAACAGUUGGUGGAGGAGAAGAUGGAGAGAGACGCAGACUUCUUACACAAGAAGGCUGAGAGGGCAACUCUGCGGGUGUGCCUAAGAGACAAGUACAGGCUCCCAAAGAGCGAGCAGGAUGAUAACAUGCUCGCCAUGGCCGGAGACGAUGUGGACGUACCCGAGGAGCUGCUUAAGAUGGUGGACGAGGAUGCCACGGAGGAGGAAGACAAGGACUCCAUCUUGGGUGGCAUUCAGAACCUCCAGAACAUGGACAUGGACCAGCUGAAGGAGAAGGCCUCGGCCACCGUGACGGAGAUGAAAGCCAAGGCAGAGGAGAAAUGCUCUGUCAUGUAAAUAAAAUAAAAUUGAAUAUUUCAGUUCACUGAUCAGGGGUGAAACCUAACUUCCACUUAAGUAAUUGUUUUGUAAUUUAGACUUGGUUUAAGUGGAAGUUAGAAUUCGCUCCUAAAGGUCCAAGAGUUUCAAGUCUUCACUGUGCAGCAGACCUGGGUUUAAAAUUAGUAUUUGAGAUCUUUCAAAGUCUCCUUUGAGUGUUUUGAUUGAGCCAAUCAAGCACAGCUGAAUGAAAACAAAUACAAUUUGAACCCAGGUCCUUCUCUCGUUCUCGCUACCCCCCAAGCUGUGAAAGCGCCCUGGAGAUGUAUGUCCAAUGACAGGGGGUCUUGUUGGAAACUCCCUUCCUAAAAAACCUUGUGUGAAUGGUCUGUUUGGAUGUGUUCCCUUAAUUUGCUAUAUAGGUCAUUUGUUGUAUGUGUGAAUAAAUUAUGUUUUAGAUUGUUGCUUCCCCUCCGUCCUUCUCGUGUUAUUCUUUUUAUUUAAUCUGGGAUAAUUAAUUAACUAAUACAUAUUCUCAUUAAUUAAUAAAGACAUAAUAGUGAACUUGGCCACAAAUGCAACUGACAAUAUUCUGUUGCAUCUCCUCAUCCACACACAUGAUUGUACAACUUUCAAAAUCCCCUCCAUCAAUGUUUAUCUAAAACAACAAGCAUAAACCAAGCCUGGAAGAGAUAAAUAUUGGCAGUUUUGCACAAAUCAUCAUUUAAAUAAAAUAUGUAGUCUUCAUUCCAUACUCAAACAUUAACAUUGACUGACACUAACACUGAAGUACUAAUGUUGAGGAUUCUGGAUUAUUAUAAAAUAUAUGAAGUAUAUUAAAUGUAAAUGUUUGUUGUGCAGUUAGAAUGAUACAUGUUCAUGUAGAAGCCAUUGACUAAUAAAACGACUGACUUGUAUAAGACAACCAAUCGACUAU